GAAAGCCCAGCCCCCGGAAGGAUCCUUGACAGCAUUUUCAAAUCUCUGCUUCUCACCUCGCGGGCGGAGUCUCCAUCCUCGUGAAGUCCGGGCCUGGGUUCCCAGGCGGGUUUGGGGAAGUGAAAGCCGCCAGGGACCGGGCCUGGCCCAGCUCGUGACCCUGCGCCUCGCGGUCCGGACACUUAUUUCUAGACUCCAGCCGAAUGGCCGCGCUGAGCCACCUGCUAUUGGCCGCGCUGCUCUGGGUUCCUGUAGGGACCCUGACCUGCUACGGGGACUCGGGGAGGCCUGUAGACUGGUUCGUUGUCUACAAGCUACCGGCCCACAGCGGGCCGGGAGAUGCGGCCCAGAGGGGUCUGCUGUACAAGUACUUGGACCAAGACUCAGGGGGCUGGCGCGACGGCACAGGGUCCAUCAACAGCUCUAUGGGGGCCGUAGGCCGCAGCCUACUGCCGCUGUACCAAAACACCACCAGCCAGCUCUCCUUCCUGCUCUACAAUGACCAACCGCCUAAAUCCAGCGGGUCUUGGGACUCUUCCAGCCGUGGGCACACGAAGGGUGUGCUGCUCCUGGACCAAGAAGGGGGCUUCUGGCUGAUCCACAGUGUUCCGAACUUCCCUCCACCUGCCUCCUCUGCUGUGUACAGCUGGCCUCCUAGUGCCGAAACCUACGGGCAGACCCUGCUCUGCGUAUCUUUUCCUCUCACCCAAUUCCUGGAUAUCAGCAGACAGCUGACCUACACCUAUCCCCUGGUGUAUGACCACAGGCUGAAAGAGGACUUCGCCCAGAAAUUUCCCCACUUGGAAGAGGUAGUCAAGGGCCAUCAUGUUCCCCAGGGGCCGUGGAACAACAGUGUAACACUCACAUCAAGAGCAGGAGCCACAUUCCAGAGCUUUGCCAAAUUUGGAAACUUUGGAGAUGACCUGUACUCUGGCUGGUUGGCAGAAGCCCUUGGCAGCAACCUGCAGGUCCAGUUCUGGCAGAAGUCUCCUGGCAUCCUUCCCUCCAACUGCUCCAGGGUCCAGCACGUGCUGGAUGUGACCCAGAUAGCCUUCUCUGGGCCAGCUGGGCCAACCUUCAGCACCACAGAAGACCACUCCAAGUGGUGUGUAGCCCCAGAAGGGCCCUGGACUUGUGUGGGUGACAUGAAUCGCAACCAAAGAGAGGAGCACCGGGGUGGGGGCACACUAUGUGCCCAGCUGCCUGCCCUCUGGAAGGCCUUCCAGCCUCUGGUGAAGGCCUGGAAGCCUUGUGGGGAGAAAAGCAGGGCCUUCUCUUCAGGAAGCCCAGCAGAGCACAUGAGCUAAGGCUCAGGGGCCAGUUUGGACUUCAGUAUGAAUCUGUUUAGUCCCUUCCUAGUUGUUUGGCCUUAAUCAUGUGCCUUAACCUGUCUGUGACUCAAUCUACCCACCUGCAAAAUGGGAAUUAUUAACACCUGACUGAUUAAGGAAUACAAGUAAAUUGGUGAACGAG